CCCUUAUCUUUGGCGCUUGACUAUCAUGGCUACGGAUACAAAUCCUGUGGAAACAAACAAAAAUUCUCAACGUGUCAAACCUGUGGAAACAUUGGUUUUGGCAAAUAUUGCCCUAAAAGCCGAACAAAAACGCCUGAGUGGUGAAUGCGGAGUCGGUCGCAAGGAGGAUGAAAGAAUUACCAGUGCGGUCAUGAAAGUUUUAGAGGGAUACGAUUGGAAUUUGGUACAAGCAUCGGCCAAGCAACCCUCGGAUCGCAAGAAGGAGCACAUCAAACGGCCAAUGAACGCUUUUAUGGUAUGGGCUCAGGCGGCUAGACGUGUCAUGUCUCAACAGCAUCCACAUUUACAGAAUUCCGAAUUGAGUAAAUCGCUGGGAAAAUUAUGGAAAAAUCUUAAAGAUUCGGACAAGCAACCCUUCAUGGAUGUGGCAGAGAAAUUACGCAAAACACAUAAACAGGAUCAUCCAGAUUACAAAUAUCAGCCUAGAAGGAAAAAAGGUCGAGCACUCACAUCCAGUGCAGUACAAUGCAAUGGCAGUGAUAGCCUGAAAACCGAGGCAUCAGUUGCAGCUUUGACAGCCAUGAUAAAUGGUGGGGGCUCGGCAAGCAACAAGAAAAAUCCAGAUGGCACAGAAACAGCGGAAACCAAAUCAAACAUAAAUGGUCAGAACAGAAAAUCAACAGCAACAGCAACAGGAGCAACCGCCAACAAUCAUUUGUCAUCAAAAUCCAUGGCAUCUGUGGCAAGUCGAGCCAAUGGCAAAGGCAGCAACAAACAGCGGGAAAGAGAAUCACAACAACGCAGUCAGCAACAGCGUCAACACCAACAUCCACACUUGGAGCAGAAUGGCGAAUCAGCCUUUGUAAUGGGUAUUAAUGAAACCUUAAAGAAUUCGUGUAAAAACGUGGCACUCUUAGCCCAAGGUCGCCUCUUGGGACCCAAUGGCCCGGAUGAAAGUUCAGAUUUUAUGUUUAAUCACUACACUGAGUACACAAAGGCUUUGGAAUCACCAGGUAGCACAACCAGCAGUUCCUUGCUCUCCUGUGCUACAUCGCCCAAUGACACUCAGCCACUGACGCCACCGGCCACCCCCUACAAUCAUACCCCUCAUCGUUUGUCGGGACAACAGAUGUUGGCCCAGCCAUUGAUGCUGCAACAACAGGGCAACAACAUACAACGUCAAUUGUCGAGGAAUAUUCCCCAGCAACAACAACAGCAGCAGCAGCAACAAGUCAACAAUGAUGUUGGAAAUUUAAACGACUAUAGUUUGCUUAACAUUGAAGGACGUGAAUUUAUAUCCUUAGACGAUUGUUCCUUUACAGGCAAUGGAAAUGGCAAUGUCAAUGGAGUGGCUGGUGGAGCUGUUGGAGGUAUUGUGGCUUCACCUACUGCAAAUGAUGGCUUGUCAAUGUCUAGCGAUAUGCUUGAGGGUUCUGCAAAUCAAAUGCCUCCAUAUGCUAUGCAUUUUUAUGCGAAUCAACAGCAGCAACAGCCAUAUCAGCAGGAGCGCCUCCAUUCUAAUAAUUCCUUAGAAUUUCAAAAUUAUGGCCAUGUGGGCUCUCCAACUUUGCCCCAUCCCCCCUCUUAUGCCAUGGCAACCUCGGCAUAUUGCCACACAAAUUGUGCAUCAUCUCCCACGAUACACACCAUUGAACCAUUAAAUUACUUUAACAUAUCAAAGCCGCCCUCUAAACCUUCGCAUACCGUCGCUGAGGGAAUAUCCUCCAAGAGUCCGCAUCAUUAUAUGGCGCCAUAUGCAAUGGAUGGUUCUGUUAUCUCCAAUGGUGCUGGUGCUGUUGCUGGUGCGGCCGGCAAUGCAAGCGCUGCUGCCAAUGAAGAUGUUGAAGUCAGCAUUGAGCAAUAUUUUCUGGAUCAAAUGAUGCCAAUAGAGCCGAACCCUACCACGGUGGGAGCAACCCCAAACAGCAACAACAUGGUGACAGCCACAACAUCACCAGUGACAACUACUUCCAUGACUACGCAUUCCUCAUCAUCUGUUAAUAAUUCUGUGAAAUCUAUGUCAUUGCGAGCUGAAAAGAACUGCGAGACACAUGUGCCACAGUCACAUGAACAUUUAAUGGCAGCCGCCAAAAAGCUAUGCCUGCCACCUAUACCCUCGAAUAAUUCGGUGAUAUCCUGUUCAUCAUCGACUUCUUCAUUAGCCUCUCCACAGAAAUUUCCAACCAUGUCACCCACCACCGGCACACAUGUUGCGGGGGCAGAUAAUAUUCCGAGUUACUAUAUGGCACCAGCAACAGGUUCAGCCUCCGGCAUGAAUGCAAAUGCCACAACAGCAUUGAAGCAACAUGAGGGCGAGUUUUCCUUUACCUAUGGCAAUGAUGAAAACCAUCAUCAACAACAACAACACCAGCAACAUGUCUAUCAGCCUCAGACGCUUACACCGCUUUCAGUCAACCAUCACCCUCAGAAUCAUCCUUAUCCUCAUGUUCAUCCCCAACCAAUGUUGCAUUGGAACGGUUAUAAUGUAUAAUAAAUUAAUUUUA